CCUUUGAAGACGCGGUUGCAAUUGCGCAAUACACAUUGUAUAUUAUUGCACGAAAAACCCGAGUUCCCAUGUCGUUCUCUUCUUGGAGAAGCGCAAUGUGCUUGGGAAUUUCGAGACUGAGGCGAUAACGGUAAACGCCCAUCUCCUCGACAUCAGAGACAAAGUCAUAGACAUGACGAGCAGAUCGAAUCUGUGGACAAGCAUCAAAUGGAGCUUCAGGAAGUCUUCCAUUCGGGGCUCAUUUCCAGAGAUGGAGAAUGUCAAGACCACCCUCGAUCUGUUGGUGGCCACCGUCCAUUCCGAGGCGACGGCCAAAGCAGUCCAGUUUGGCGGGCGCCGGCUACGGCAAACCAUCAAGCAUCACGUUGACGCUUUGGAAGAGCUGCAAAUCCAGCUGUCCGAUGCCCGCCGCCUCAGUGGCUCAAUGUCUGCUCAGUCAUCGAUUUCUGAGUUGAAACUCCAUGAGACCUUGACCGAGCUCGGCCUGAGCAUAUAUCUUCGCAGCGUCGUACCUGACCCCGCCCAACCCCCCCUUUUUGCAUACGAAGACAAACUCCAAGUCAGAACACGACCGCACGCUCCUCUGCCAAGGCAGCGCCGACCCGAAGAAAGCAUUCAAAUUAUGACAACAAACUCGCACUCACAGACCACAUCACUCCCCAGUUCUCGACAUUUCUCGAGUCCUGUCCGUCAACCACCCCGUGUUUCUCGAAUGGGGCCGUCACGGUCUACAUCUUCGGGAUUGAAUCUUGAAAAAAGGGGAGGCCCCCCGAGCCGCCCGGGGAAACCGCAACCAAACCAGCAUACAUCCAUAACAAGAGGCUCAACUUCUCGACGCAGCAUAGCUCGGUCCCCGAAUCCCGCCAACCAAAGUACUUCUCUGUCACGGUCCUCUCCAUCUUCUAGGCCACCUCUAGACGCCAGACAACUCGAGUCUCGAUUGAACCUCAACAGCAAGGCAGGACGCUGAGAUACAGGGAGGCAGACAUCAACGAGCGCAUUAACGGCUACGCUGGAAA